AGAAGCUGCUCCUCGAAUAGCACCCAGGCGCUGGUCCUGCGCUGCCGCUACCACCCCGUCCUCCUCCUGUUUCAGUGGCUCCCCUUCAGUUCCUGCCGAUACUACCUUUGUUGGAACUUGACCUUUUAAUCAAAGAUGGCAAGUCUGGUGUCUCAGAGUUUGGUGACAUAUGUGGAAGAAGAAAAUGUUCCUGCUUUGAAGGCACUUCUUGAGAAGUGCAAAGAUGUGGAUGAGAGGAAUGAGAAUGGUCAAACUCCAUUAAUGAUAGCUGCAGAGCAAGGCAAUUUAGAAAUUGUCCAAGAAUUGAUAAAGAAAGGUGCCAACUGCAACUUGGAAGAUUCAGAUAACUGGACAGCUCUUAUCUCAGCAGCUAAAGAGGGGCAUGUUGCCAUUGUGUCAGAGCUACUUAGCUGCAAUGUGAACAUGGAACAUCGAGACAUGGGUGGAUGGACAGCUCUUAUGUGGGCAUGCUACAAAGGCUGUACUGAAGUAGCUGAGCUGCUUCUUGAAAGAGGAGCGAAUCCAAACAUCACUGGACUACAAUACAGUGUCUAUCCGAUAAUUUGGGCAGCAGGGCGGGGCCACUCUCAUAUAGUACAACUCUUACUGCAAUAUGGAGCUAAAGUCAACUGUUCUGACAAGUAUGGUACUACACCAUUGAUCUGGGCAGCAAGGAAGGGUCAUCUAGAAUGUGUGAAGUAUUUGUUGCAUAUGGGAGCAGAUGUCGAUCAAGAAGGAGCUAAUUCUAUGACUGCGCUUAUUGUAGCAGUAAAAGGUGGUUUUACGGAUUCAGUCAAAGAAAUCUUGAAAAGAAACCCAAAUGUAAACUUAACAGAUAAAGAUGGAAACACAGCCUUGAUGAUUGCUUCAAAGGAGGGCCACACAGAAAUUGUGCAGGACCUCCUGGAUGCGGGAACUUACGUGAAUAUUCCUGAUAGGAGUGGAGAUACUGUGCUGAUUGGGGCUGUCAGAGGUGGUCACGUUGAAAUUGUGAGAGCCCUACUUCAUAAGUAUGCAGAUAUAGACAUCAGAGGUCAAGAUAAUAAAACUGCUUUGUAUUGGGCUGUUGAGAAAGGAAAUGCUACGAUGGUAAGAGAUAUCUUGCAGUGCAAUCCGGACACUGAAACAUGCACCAAGGAUGGAGAAACACCUCUUAUAAAGGCCACCAAGAUGAGAAAUAUUGAAAUAGUUGAGCUUCUGCUUGACAAAGGAGCAAAAGUUUCCGCUAUAGACAAGAAAGGAGAUACCCCGCUCCAUAUUGCUAUUCGUGGGAGAAGCCGCAGACUUGCAGAACUGCUUUUAAGAAAUCCUAAAGAUGGCAGGCUGCUUUACAGGCCCAAUAAAGCUGGAGAGACACCUUACAACAUUGACUGUAGUCACCAGAAAAGCAUUUUAACUCAGAUAUUUGGAGCUAGACAUUUAUCACCAACGGAAUCUGAUGGCGAUAUGCUGGGUUAUGAUCUUUAUAGUAGUGCACUAGCUGAUAUUCUUAGUGAACCAACUAUGCAGCCACCCAUCUGCGUUGGGUUAUAUGCCCAAUGGGGAAGUGGGAAAUCUUUUCUGCUCAAGAAACUUGAAGAUGAAAUGAAAACUUUUGCUGGACAGCAGAUUGAACCUUUGUUCCAAUUUUCCUGGCUUAUUGUAUUCCUUUCACUGUUGUUGUGUGGAGGCCUUGGUUUAUUGCUCUCAUUCACUGUAGAUGCAAAACUUGGAAUUGCAGUGGCACUAAGCAUACUGGCACUGCUAUAUGUAUUUUUCACUGUGAUAUACUUCGGUAGCCGAAGAGAAGGAGAGAACUGGAACUGGGCUUGGGUGUUAAGUACGAGGCUGGCAAGACAUAUUGGCUACAUGGAGUUGCUACUUAAACUCAUGUUUGUGAACCCACCUGAGCUGCCAGAGCAAACGACUAAAGCCUUACCUGUCAGAUUUUUAUUUACAGAUUACAAUAGACUGUCCAGCGUAGGCGGAGAAACUUCAAUGGCUGAGAUGAUUGCCACGCUCUCAGAUGCUUGUGAGAGAGAAUUUGGUUUCUUAGCAACACGUCUUUUUCGAGUAUUCAAGACGGAAGAUACUCAAGGUAAAAAGAAAUGGAAGAAAACUUGUUGUCUCCCAUCCUUUGUCAUCUUCCUCUUCCUUCUGAGCUGCGUUGUUGCUGGGAUCACUCUUAUAGCUUAUUUUAAAGUGAAUCCUGAAAACAUGACCGUCAAUGCUAUUCUGAUAUCAUUUCUCUGUGUUGUGGGUUUGGGCUUCCUCUUGAACUGCCGCACGUGGUGGCGUGUGAUGGACUCGGUCUUGAAUUCACAGAGAAAACGGCUUCAUAGUGCUGCUUCAAAGCUACACAAGCUGAAGAGUGAAGGGUUUAUGAAAGUUCUUAAAUGUGAAGUGGAACUGAUGGCAAAGAUGGCGAAAACCAUUGAUAGCUUUACUCAGAAUCAAACCAGGCUUGUGGUAAUUAUUGAUGGAUUGGAUGCAUGUGAACAGGACAAAGUUUUACAGAUGCUUGACACAGUUCGAGUCCUAUUUUCAAAGGGCCCAUUUAUUGCCAUUUUUGCUAGUGACCCACACAUCAUUAUAAAGGCAAUUAAUCAGAAUCUGAACAGUGUACUACGGGACUCAAAUAUAAAUGGACAUGAUUACAUGAGAAAUAUAGUCCACUUACCUGUCUUCCUUAACAGUCGUGGACUCAGUAGCGCUAAAAGGAUGAUGGUAUCUGCAACCACAAACGGAGAUGUUCCAUACUCGGAUAGUUCAGGAUUCCAUGAAGAAGUUGAUCGAAGAGUUUCACAGAAUAGCCUGGGAGAUGUGGCAAAGCUUGGAAGCAAAACAGCUCUCAACAGACGAGAUACUUACCGAAGAAGACAAAUGCAGCGUACCAUUACACGUCAAAUGUCUUUUGAUCUAACCAAGCUACUGGUUACGGAAGAUUGGUUCAGUGAUAUUAGUCCACAGACUAUGAGGCGACUUCUCAAUAUUGUUUCUGUGACAGGACGUUUAUUGAGAGCUAAUCAGAUCACGUUCAACUGGGACAGGCUGGCUAGCUGGAUCAACUUGACAGAGCAGUGGCCGUACAGGACAUCUUGGCUCAUAUUAUAUUUGGAAGAAACAGAAGGUGUUCCAGAUCAGUUAACUUUAAAAACAAUAUAUGAAAGAAUUUCAAAGAAUAUUCCAACAACUAAAGAUGUUGAGCCCCUACUUGAAAUUGAUGGGGAUAUUCGAAACUUUGAAGUAUUUUUGUCUUCACGAACUCCAGUCCUUAUAGCACGUGAUGUAAAAACCUUUUUACCAUGCACAGUAAACCUUGAUCCAAAGCUCCGAGAAAUUAUUGCAGAUGUCCGUGCUGCAAGAGACCAAAUUAACAUUGGAGCAAUCCCAUAUCCUACAUUGCCUUUACCAGAGGCAGCUCCUAGAGCAUCAUCAGUGUUUAGUCAGCCCUCGUCAGCCUGCUCUUCAACACACUCCUUCAAUGGGCCUUUCAAUGCGGGAGUUGUAUCGCCACAACCUCACAGCAGCUACUACAGUGGAAUGACAGGACCUCAGCAUCCAUUCUAUAAUAGACCAUUCUUUGCCCCAUAUGUUUACAUGCCAAGGUAUUACCCUGGCAGUUCUCAUCUCACCUCACGUCCAUCACUAAAAUCGAGUUUGUCCAGGGAACAGAGCAGUGGUCUAGAUAUUAUCAAGGAGGAUGCUGCUGAGUGGCUUCCUUCACCCACAGACCCCUCAAUGCAGUAUAAAACUGGGUUAAAAAGACAGAGACAGGGAACAGUCCCAGGCUCGGGAGCAUCCCAUGUGCCUUUGAGCUCAAUGACUGUUGAUGCUGUCUGCGAAAAACUGAAACAGAUAGAAGGAUUAGACCAGACUAUGCUGACUCAGUACUCUGCAACUAUCAAGAAGGCAAACAUAAAUGGUCGUGUUUUAGCACAGUGCAACAUUGAUGAACUGAAGCGAGAGAUGAACAUGAACUUUGGUGACUGGCAUCUCUUCAGGAGUGCAGUACUUGAAAUGAGAAAUGCAGAAAGUCAAGCUGUCCAUGAAGAUUCUCGGGCAGGGAAUGAACAUGCCAAUGCACUUCCUCAUAAUGAUCUUGCUCAUCGUCCUGCGCUGAAUAGCGAAUUGCCUCAUACUGAACUUACUGGUCUUCCGGGUCAAGCUCCCUAUGCCCUCAAUUUCAGCUUUGAAGAACUCAACACUAUUGGUCUAGAAGAAGCCGCUCCACGUCAUAGUAACCUAAGCUGGCAGUCACAAGCCCGCCGAACUCCAAGCCUUUCAAGCCUCAAUUCUCAAGAUUCUAGUAUUGAAAUUUCAAAGCUUACUGAUAAGGUUCAAGCAGAGUAUAGAGAUGCAUAUAGAGAAUAUAUUGCUCAAAUGUCACAACUAGAAGGGGGCGUGAGUUCUAGUACUGUGAGUGGUAGAUCUUCCCCACAUAGCUCAGCAGCCUUCUAUAUGGGGCAGAGCACAUCCACAGGCUCUCUCCAGUCCAGUAUGGAACAAGAUAAGGGAAAGGAUGCAGAACAGAAACAAGAUGAUGGAAGAAAGUCCUUCUUGAUUAAACGGAAUGAUGUUGCAGACUAUAGUACUUCAGGCGUGUCUACUAGUGAUGCAUCUCCGUUGGAUCCCAUUACUGAAGAAGAUGAAAAAUCAGAUCAGUCUGGAUCCAAGCUUCUUCCAGGGAAGAAAUCUUCAGAAAGAACCAGCAUUUUCCAAGCUGCAGAUCUAAAGCUGAAGGGAGUAGCUCUGCGCUAUCAGAAACUUCCAAGUGAUGAAGAUGAGUCUGGAACAGAAGAAUCUGAUAAUACUCCCCUCCUCAAGGAAGGGAAAGACAGGAAAAUAGAAGGGAAAACAGAGAAGCAACCCAAAUCUCCAGAACAUGGAUCCGAGCCCAUUAGGACCCUGAUUAAAGCAAAGGAGUACUUGACAGACGCUCUUCUAGACAAAAAGGAUUCCUCUGACUCUGGGGUAAGAUCCAAUGAAAGCUCUCCAAACCACUCUCUCCAUAAUGAUGGAGAUGACUCCCAGCUUGAAAAAGCAAAUCUCAUUGAGCUGGAAGAUGAUGGCCGCAGUGGGAAAAGGGGAAUUCCCCACAGCUUGAGUGGCCUUCAAGAUCCCACCAUGGCACGUAUGUCAAUUUGCUCAGAAGAUAAGAAAAGCCCUUCAGACAGCAGCUUGAUAGCAAGCAGUCCCGAAGAGAACUGGCCAGCGUGCCAGAAAGUCUACAAUUUAAACCGUACCCCAAGCACAGUCACCCUGAAUAACAACAGUGCCCCAACCAACAGAGCCAAUCAAAAUUUUGAGGAGACUGAAAGCAUCAGAGAGCCACCUCAGAUCAUUUUGCACCCUGGUUCAAGUUCUAAUUCUGUUCCAGUUCAGAAUGAUAACAUCAAAGGCGUGGCCCACAAACGUAGCCAGCGUUCAAGUUAUGCCAGACUUUCAAAAGAUGCUUCUGAGCUCCUUACUGUUACUGGCUCAGAUGCUGCAGGCUUCGGAGAAGAGAGAGAAAGUAUUCUUUAAAAGAAAUCCAAAUGAAAUUAUAGCCUGCCUGAACGAGAAUGCGUGUGUUGGUUUUUACACACUCUCCUUCUUUUGUUAGUUUCUGAUUGGGUAUAUACAUUUUUGUUAGAUUUCCUUACCAUGACUUGGUUCCCUGUCUCUGCUGUUGUUAUCAGGGAUAAUUUAAGGGUGCAACCAUCCAAAGUUAGGCAUAAAUUCCUUGGUCUGCAUGAUGAAAAGGGAAAUAAUUUUGCGGUUGAGAUGAUCUCACAGAAACAGAAAUGAAUAGCUUCCUAUUUAUAUUUUUAAAAAUUAAUUAGGAAAGUGGGUCAAGGCUUGGGGAAGGGAUGUAUCAUGUCAAGUGAAGCCACCGGCUACAGUGUUCCAGAACUGAAAUCCACAGAAACAACUAUUUACAUUUUCUAGUUCUGUAUAUGUCACUUUUAAAAGCAUUGACGGUUUAAAUACUGAUACAGAAUUGUCAAAAUAUAACUCUUAUUCAUUGAUUUUACCUAAUAUGUCCUUGGAAUGUCAAAUGUGUGACUGUGUCAACAAGUUUUAAAAAAUUAUUGCAUGCUGAAAAUGUUACUUGUGGCUGAUAUUUGGAUAUUGUUGACAGAAUUUACUGUACGUUCUAGAUAGUGAACAUAGUAGUGUGACCAUGGUGUUACAUGAAGCCAUUUGCGGAGUACAGUUUGGGUGUAGUCUGUUAGGAAUAUUUACAGUUUUAAAAAAUAAUGGCCUUUGAUUAAUAGGUUGUAUCUGAUUGUGGAAAGCAAGAGGAAUUGGAGGUUGUCAUUACCUUAGUA